AUGUCUCAAGAACAGUACACAGAAAGCUUGAAGGUUAUUGUCGCCGAAAAACUGGCCGGUAUACCCAACUUUAACGAAGAUAUCAAGUACGUUGCGGAGUACAUUGUUUUGUUAAUCGUUAAUGGUGGUACUGUUGAAUCCGUUGUGGAUGAACUGGCGACUCUGUUUGACAGUGUUUCUAGAGAUACACUUGCAAAUGUUGUUCAAACAGCCUUUUUCGCUCUAGAAGCCCUACAACAAGGAGAAAGUGCUGAGAAUAUUGUAUCCAAAAUUAGAAUGAUGAAUGCGCAGAGCUUGGGGCAAUCGGACAUUGCGCAACAGCAACAGCAACAGCAACUACAGCAACAGCAGCAACAGCAACAGCAACCUCAACUUCAACCCGAACAGCAACCUCAACAACCACCACCACAGCAAGCAACACAGAAUUCGAUGCAGAUAGACACUCAUGCCGCUCCGUCCCCAAUAUCAGCUUUCUCUGGUAUUGUGAACGCCGCAGCUCCACCACAAUUUGCGCCUGUUGAUAACAGCCAAAGGUUUACUCAACGUGGUGGAGGCGCCGUUGGAAAGAACCGCAGAGGUGGUCGCGGUGGGAACCGUGGAGGACGCAAUGGUAAUUCUACACGUUUUAAUCCGUUGGCAAAAGCACUUGGGAUGGCGGGUGAAAGUAAUAUGAAUUUUGUUCCAACCAAGAAAGAAGGGCGUUGUAGGUUGUUUCCUCACUGUCCCCUGGGUAGAUCAUGCCCACAUGCGCACCCAACUAAAGUAUGCAAUGAAUACCCAAACUGUCCGAAGCCUCCGGGAACUUGUGAGUUUUUACAUCCAAAUGAAGACGAAGAAUUAAUGAAAGAAAUGGAAAGAACCCGUGAAGAAUUCCAAAAAAGAAAAGCUGAUUUAUUGGCUGCAAGGAGGAAACCGGUUCAAACCGGUAUCGUUUUGUGUAAAUUUGGGGCUCUAUGCUCUAAUCCAUCAUGCCCAUUUGGUCAUCCAACGCCAGCAAAUGAAGAUGCCAAAGUCAUUGAUUUAAUGUGGUGUGAUAAAAAUUUAACAUGCGAUAAUCCUGAAUGUAGGAAAGCCCAUUCUUCAUUAUCUAAGAUCAAGGAAGUAAAACCUAUAAGCCAAAAGAAAGCAGCCCCUCCUCCAGUCGAAAAAUCUUUGGAACAAUGCAAAUUCGGUACGCAUUGUACUAAUAAACGUUGUAAAUAUAGACAUGCUCGUUCUCAUAUUAUGUGCCGUGAAGGCGCCAACUGUACUAGAAUUGAUUGUUUGUUUGGUCACCCAAUUAAUGAAGAUUGUAGAUUUGGUGUCGACUGCAAAAACAUUUAUUGUUUAUUCAGGCAUCCUCCAGGGAGAGUGCUUCCGGAAAAGAAGACUGCUGCACCCAAUGCAAAUGGUCCUACCAAUGAAAGACCAUUUGCGUUGCCAGAGAACGCGAACAUUGAAAAUGCUCCUUCGCAAGCCAGUUUCCCCCCCCAAGAACAAGAUACGGAGAUGAAUUAA